AUGGCAGCUGUCAGCCCGAUUGCAAUGCACCCAACUGUCACAGAACACGACUACCGCUUCCCGCGAAGACCCGACCAUCCAAGCACCGACCGUAGCUUCGCUCGCAUGGAUACGCGACAAGACCAUGUCGCACUCACCAACGGCGCUGCUGCCGAGCAAGCCGCCUCGCCGUCAAAACACCAUGUGCUCGACGCCGCCCUGUUCCCGGCCCUCGAGACCGGCGCCGGGCCGUCUGGCAGCGUCGAGCAGAUGCAGAGCGAGGAUCCCUUGGCCGCCCAGAUCUGGAAGUUCUUCAGCAAGACCAAGGAGCAGCUGCCGAACCAACAGCGCAUGGAGAACCUGACCUGGCGCAUGAUGGCCCUCAACCUGCGCAAGCGCCAGCAGCAGCAGCAGCAGGAGGAGCGGCGCAAGAGGUCCCUCUUGCACUCUACGCAACCACAAAACGCCCCCAGCGGCAUUGCUCAGCAGCUUCGACGCACCUCCGACAUCCAUGAUCAGAGCGUGGAUGCCAUGAACAUCGACGACUUCAUCUUUGCCGACGAGGGCGCCGUUUCCGUCAACGACAGCUCACCGCAGCCUCCCGCAGCGUCGUCGCUCUCCGGGCCGCAGACCGCUGCCAUCAGGAAGAACAGAUCGUCCAAGGCGUUGGCCGCCGCCGCCAUCCCCAUCAAGGGCCGCAAGGGUUCUACCAAUCAGUUCGUGGCCCAGUCGGUCCCCGUUCCGCCACAUCACCAGCGGGGACAGCACGAUGAAUUCCAUUACGUCCCGCGACACGACAGGAAGACCAGUAUAGAUGACCGACGGACACGAAAACGACCUGCCAACUUUUCUCCUCAUGUGAGCGCCAUCAACCCCAGUUCAUCCGCCGUCAACCUCGAUUUGGAAGCCGACCCAGAGCUCAAUGGAUACUCUCUCGACAACUCCAACGCAUUGUCGUCCAUGCAUCAGCAAAUGGCCAACAACCAAGGCUCUGCAUUCAAUCUUGAUACCUUCAUGGACAAUGACGGCGUCAUGGGCUCCGCUGCCCACUUUCAAUCCAACUUCUCAUUCUCUCCCUCCACGUCUCCCAUGAUGCACAGCGGGCCAUUUUCCUCCAUGUACAACAACGCCUCACUACAUUCCUCUCUCAACAACCCCGACUUUUACUCCCCAACCGGCUCGGGUUUUCCGUCUGCUACAUCUACGCCUCACCCAAUCAACGACAACGAUGGUGUCUACUUUGGCUCCUCGCAGGAUCUGCAGCACCACCAUCAACAGUCGCAGCAGCAGCAGCACCAUCACCGGGCGCAGGGCUUCCGACAUAGCUCUUCUAGCAUCAACCACCACAUGAACCAGCAGUUCAUGUAUGGCGAUUCCAACGGCGGCGCACAUGGGAGCAGUAACGGCAGCGGCGCCAACUUCCCCUCCACGGGUACAGGCUCAGAAGCGGUGUCAGCGUAUAGCACCGCCCCGAGCUCAUUUGGCCACAUCGAUCCCAGCCAAGUCUUUCAGACAGAUUCCCAGGUCGCAUCUCCUGUCUUGCCAAUGCAGCAAGGCAACAUGCUUGGCUUUGGGGGCGAGGAUGACGAUGACGAUGCCAAUGCUUUUCUGGACCGUGGCGGCGUUGGCCUCCACGGCGACUUUACGUCUGCUGUCGAUGAGGCUGGAUCAUUUGGCUGGGAUGCCUCGCUUCCUGGACAGUUUAGCACGCAAGCCGCCCGCUUUCCCGGCGGCCCGACUCGCAAGCAUGUUCAGAUCGGAGGCGUCACGACGACUGAUUACGUCGACAACAGCGGCGAUUGGGACGGCCAGGGUCUGAGCAUGAGCCGGUCGCACUCGCAGACGCAGGCGCUUGGCAUGGGCACCGACAAGCGACAAAACAGACUUCCUCGGAAUUCGUCCACACCCUCCCACAUGACAAACAAGCACAGUGGAUUCGAGCAAAUCGCUCAGUCCCUUCCUAAUUCUCCGGGUGGCCACGCCGCCGGCAACGCUUCGGGCUUCUCGUCGGUUGCGCCAAGCAGGCCGUCUUCACCGCCCCCAAGCUCCAAGCAUGGCUCCACGACCAAUCUGGCGGCGACUGGUGGAAACUCUGGGGAGAACGGCAAUCCCACCACUUGCACCAAUUGCUUCACCCAGACGACUCCGCUGUGGAGACGAAACCCCGAGGGCCAGCCUCUCUGCAAUGCCUGCGGUCUCUUCCUAAAACUUCACGGUGUCGUGCGACCACUCAGCUUGAAGACGGAUGUCAUCAAGAAGAGAAACCGGGGUUCGGGCAACAACCUACCUGUUGGAGGGACGAGGAAGAAGGCGGGCACGGGCUCAAAUGCCGCUUCGAGGAAAAAUUCAACGCUAUCCAUGUCUGCAGCUGCUGCCGCCGCCGCUGCGGUAGCUGUGCCUAUGACGAACAACCAGGUAGCAGUAUCACCACCAUCAUUCAACCGCCCCAGCAGCAACAAAGAUGCCGAUAGUCCCACUAGCAGUGGAAAUUUCACCGCGGGAAGCACGCCCGGCAGCCAAUAUGGCGGAGCUGCCAUUGUAGGUGGCAAAGGCGUCGUACCAAUCGCUGCUGCACCGCUGAAGACGGCUCCCGGGCCCGGUGCUUCAUCCAUGUCUCGGCCGGCCACAGCGCCAUCAAAGAGACAACGCAGACAUAGCAAGAGUGAAGGCACAGCAAGCUCGUCGGCCAUGGAGCUUGAUGGUCCUUCAGAAUCUGCUGCGCGACCGCUUGGCACGACUCCCAGCAUGCCUUCCAUCUCAAGUACCAUGAUGUCACACAACAACUUCUCCAUGGGCCAGCGCUCCAUGAUGGGAUCGAGCAUAGGAUCAAACAUGGUAUCCAUGGGCGGGACUCAGUCCAGCCUAGUCAACGGUGCCGGCGGCUCGUCAGGCCCCCAAGAAUGGGAGUGGCUCACUAUGAGUCUUUGA